AUGGAAGCCGGAGGCUGCAAGGAGGCGUUCGUGUCGUGGAUGGAGUGCGUGCAGGCGCCGGAGAAGGCGGGCUCCGACAUGGUCGACCGCUGCCCCCAAGCUAUCACCGACCUCAAGAAGUGCAUGGACGCCCACGCCGACUACUACGCCCCCGUGCUCCAGGCUGAGCAGACCGUCUCCGACCAAGCCGAAGCCGCCAUCGCUGCUGCCACCACCGAUGCAAGCAAGAACAAGGGAGAGGAAUCCGCUCUCUCCCCGGACACUGAUGAGACCAAGAUGGAAGAAGCACUUGUCGUGUCUGCCGCCACCGCUGCCGAUGAGAAGGACGUGGUGGUUGAGCAGGAGGCUACUUCCUCCACGGCCGCCGAGUGGGUGAAGAAAGAAGAAGCAAUCGUCGAGAAGGCAGAGUCCUUGUCUUUGGGUAACUAA